AUGACUUUAAUAUGGUUCUAUUUCCUUAAUAUGCCAAGGUGGUUCUGUAAACUGAGACAGUUGGUAUCCAAAAGUAUUGAUUUAUACACCAAAACAUUGAAAUCUAAAGAACCAGGUUCUCUUGUAGAAGCUCAGCCUACACUUUGGUCUGGGGACGAUUUUGAGAGAAAAACUUCAUCCGAAGAAGGAGUGAAGGGAGAAACAAUCUCGCUAGUUGAAUCCGACUAUAUGUGUGUUUCGAAAGCAAAUACUUCAUCAAGUGAUGACGGGAUGCAAUUGAUACUAGACCACUUCAACAAAGGCGAGCUCAUUGGAUUAGUUAAAGAUCUUUCUGAACAGCUGUUUGAAGCGAAAGGAGAAUUGGUCGAGCAAGAAGCGCGUUUAAGAGCUGAAAUGUGUGAUAAUAUGAACCAACAAAUGAUAGAUUUUGAAAAGAAAUUUGAAGAAAGUAGAAUAAGCGAAGGCUUGCAGUCUUUUCUGCAGCAUGAGUCUAGCUUUCAGCAUCAAGAAGUAGUGGAACGAUUGCAACGUCGAAUAUACGAAAUUGAAGAGAUAUUCGCGAUGAAGCAUGAUGCCUUGGUGGAAAGUGAAACAGCUUUCUGCGAACUUAAGGCUCGAUAUGAUGAUCUUUCACAGAGAUUGAUUGCACAGACCAACGAUUUGCACCAGUCCACUUUAAAAUUGGAAAAAGUAAAACAGUUACACAAGGAAGAAUUGGAAGCACACACUAAUGAAGCAGAGAAACGGAUUGUUGAAUUGAAAGUUGAUCUGAGAACUGCACUAGAACACAACGCUGCAUUGCUGUCACAUAUUCCAGAUAUUGACGCAGGUGUGCAAACGAUCUUCUCUGAACCAUCUAUUCUUUGUGACUCAACCGCAGUUCAAACCUCAAUUUGUCAAGUGAAUGAAUUGUGUGUGCAGACUUGUUUGGUGGAUCAAGGUAUAUCUGUUGGAGUUCAGACAGAAAAAUGCAAUCCUACUAGUACUUCAAAAUCUGCCUCACAGACAGGUGGGGAAGUUGUGACUUCUGAAUACGAGGAGUCGAACGAAAGUAAUUGCACCUAUAAACCCGAUCACCGCACAAUUCAAGGCAAACGAAACUUGGGAAAUGCUAAUCGUUUAAGACUGAAGCAUAAUAGAGGAAGACCUACACAAAGACUUGGUCCACCGAAGAUCCCUGAUCUACUUUCUCCGAUUGCUUCCUCUGUUUGUAUGUCAGAUAGUGAGUUGGAACUUAUCUCUACUUUGGCUGAUGGGAUUGAGAAAGAAAACUUAAAUUCGACAAGCGAAGAAAUAGAGGAUGAUGAUGACACACAUAAAAGUAAAUCAGUGCUGCGAAGCAUUAGUACUCGAACUACACGGCGUAACAACGCGAAAAAGGUGAACGGAACUUCUACAGAACCGCGAAAAAGACGCACAGUCUUGGCUGCUGCUCAGCGACGCCUUCCACAUUUGGCUGAGUCCAGCCAGCUGUUACCAGACUCAUUCUUUCAGGACCAGCUUGACGAAGCCUUAGAAGUUGUAGAUGCCGAACUUAGAAGAACUGAACACCGAAAACUCCGUGAACUACCUUUGCGCCAAGGACCUCGAAGAAGACGUUAA